GUCAUUUCCGUGCGCCGAGGUAGACGUCUGUAGCCCGCGCAGGCUGCCUUGGUGUGGUUUGUUUCUAAAGUUCGAUUCCGAUUGAUUUUUGCAAGCCAUGGAGAGUGACUUCUAUCUGCGUUACUACGUAGGUCACAAAGGCAAGUUCGGUCAUGAGUUCCUGGAGUUUGAGUUCCGGCCCGAUGGGAAAUUGAGAUAUGCCAACAACAGCAAUUACAAAAAUGAUGUCAUGAUCAGAAAAGAGGCUUAUGUACAUAAAAGUGUGAUGGAGGAACUAAAGAGAAUAAUUGAUGACAGUGAAAUUACCAAAGAAGAUGAUGCUUUGUGGCCUCCUCCUGACCGAGUAGGCCGGCAAGAGCUUGAAAUCGUCAUUGGAGAUGAACACAUUUCUUUUACAACAUCAAAAAUUGGUUCUCUUAUUGAUGUCAAUCAAUCCAAGGAUCCAGAAGGCUUACGAGUAUUUUAUUAUCUUGUCCAGGACCUGAAGUGUUUGGUCUUCAGUCUUAUUGGAUUACACUUCAAGAUUAAACCAAUCUAGAUUGAAUAUUAGUAUGGACAUGAGGGUGUUGGAAGUAGUCAUUUUUAUUACCAUUAUUAGGAAAUUUUUGUGUAUAUUGGGGCAAAAUUUUUUAUAAAGUAUAAAUGACUGUCUUUAAUAAAUUCUGAUAAAAUUUAAUUUUUGUUGAUUUCAAAAAACCUGAAUGUGUGAA